UCCGCAUCAGCCUCUCUGGGUUUUGCUUCAGUCCCUGUAGCUGUGCUGACCGACAAACAUGAGCACAGCAGGUGUUCAUCAAGGCUUCCUCAGGAAAUAUGGGGGCUUCAUGUUCAAGCAGUGGAAGGAAAAGUACCUUGUGCUUACUAUGGAGGGAAGCCUGCUGGUGUGCCGGGAUGCGGAGUCCCCCCCAGACCAGGUGGUGGCGAUACAAACCAACUGUGACUCAAUUGCUGAGGGCCGAGAGAUCCUUGACCUGCCCAGGUUACCUCCAGGGGGCAGGAGGGACUGCUGCUUUGCCCUUAUCUUGUCACAGAGCAAGUUCCUGCUGCUUCUUUCCGACAACCCUGAUGACUGCAAUCUUUGGCUGAAGCUGAUCAGGAAAGUGAGAGAGGGUGUGAUGUCACACCCGACCCUUCAGAGACAACAGAGCCUCACACCCUGCAUCACAGAUAGAGAGCCGCUGCCCGACUUAUCCAGUGAUAAAGACCCUGGCUCGCCCAGGGUUGGUGGGGUGACGCCACCUCUGUCCCGGGUCAGUGAGCGGGGAGGCUCAUUCAGGGACAGACAGCAAGCUGCUGGACCGAGGCAGCCUCUGCGGAGUGUCUCUGUUGCCCCACCUCAUAGUGUGUCUGAUUGCCUUCGUCAUGGCAACAGCAGUGAUGCCCGGGCGGUGAGGGCGGUGUGUUUGCUGAUGGGUGGGGCAGCGGCCUCGUCCGCUUUGGGCUACCUCAGCUCCUGCUCCCCGACCUCGCCCCUGGUCACCAGAGUCCCAGAGAUUGCCCAAGGCUCCGGGGCAUUCUCAGAUCUUCCCACAGGAGGCUCCUUCCACGGCUGCAGCCAGGAUGUGGACUCCCCACAUUUCAACAGCUUCGACUUUGAAGGAGACUCCGACUUUGAUGCAUUUGACUGCGGAGGAUUUGCCUUUUAAUUGUGUGCAGAAAGCAAAAGAAACUGUUUAUAUGACCAGCUUUCUCAACAGAAUCUCUCAAUCAGUAUUCCUUUGUAAUAAAAUGUUUUUGCUAAUUAAUUAUUAAGUCAUCUUUACAUCUUAUGUAUAAAUUAAUGAAGGUGUUCUUCCUGGCUCCAUGCCCAUACUCUUAAAGUAAAUAAUUGAUCAUCUUGUCACCGCUGAUCUCUGACUGUGUGUGUUGUUUCACUUUUUCCAUGCCACACAGUGGCCUGACUGAGGGGGGAUAUUUGAUUCUAGACAUAGAAAAUUACUUUUAUAGUAACAUUUUAUCCCAAAUUUGUUAUUAUCUGUGUUCUUUUCCUACUACUUUUCUUGUAACUCUGUUAAAUGUCUACUGUGCUGACUGAUCUACAAACUCCUAUUUACAUUUUCACCUGAUCUGGGAAGAAGAUCUUUUACCUACCGUUGGCACAGGGAUUUAUCAUGGAGUGAUGGAGAACUGUAAAUAAAACCUGAAAUCACCGUGAC